AUGCCCCUGCAAAUCGGGCUAACCAACCUACCAAGUCAGAUCAAGCACUUCGUCCUAGGUCUUUUCAAGAAAGAAGGAGUGUUCAUGGGAGACAAUCAAAUGAUCGGCUCAUUUUUCAAAAGCAAGCCUGACAUUCCCGCUAAUGAUAUCCAAAUGCAUGUCGCACCCUUCUACUACAAAGAUCAUGGUGCCACUUUAAGAUACGGUGGUGGCAUCUCGGUCAAAUCGUGCUAUAUGCGGCCCGAGUCUCGCGGGACGGUCGGUCUUAAUUCGGCUGACCCAAUGGAGGGGCCACUGAUUGACCCCAACUACUACGACGUGCCCGCCGACUUUGACCCCAUGGUGGCUGCAGUACGAAAAAGCAUCGAGCUGAUUCAAACCAAGACCCUAGCAGAAGAUAACCUGGUGGUCAGUGGAUUUGGCGAUAAGAAUGUUAACAACCUUACCGACAGCGACAUCAAGGAGUAUCUGCGUGAAAAUACCGAAUCCACCUACCACCCGGUAUCUACCUGUAAAAUGGGUCCAUCAUCAGAUCCUAUGGCAGUGGUUGAUCACUCCAAUGGUCUGAAAGUACACGGAAUGGAAGGACUUAGAGUGGUCGACGCCUCCGUCAUGCCUACAGUAGUAUCUGGAAACACGAAUGCACCUACCAUGGUAAUAGCCCAGAAAGCUUACAAUCAAAUGGUUGGUCAGGAUAGAGUUGUCGAUGUCACCGAUGCACCACUAGUAGCUAUUCAAUUGUAAGUCGUGCUGACAAGACGUAGGUCGUUCUUACCACACAUUCUUCUAACAUCCUAAAAAUAUCAUAGUACCGAUAUUAAUUCAAUAUUAUCAAGUAAACGCAACCUAAUAGUUUAUUGCAAUAUAAUAC